AUGGCGCUUCAAGAUACCCAUCUCGGGGAAAGUAAAGUGGAAUGUUGUGAACAGGAUGGUAUUGCCCAAGAGGCCGGGCACCCUGUGAAGGGACUUGUUGCGCCGAAGUAUAUGGGCACAGUGGCAGAUCAACGAGACAUGAGCGCGUUGGGGCGAGUGCAGGUCUUGAGGAGAAAUUUCCGCUUCAUCUCGAUUCUUGGAUUUGGCUGCACGCUGAUUUCAACGUGGGAAGUCAUAUUGACGCUGUUGAGCUCCGCCCUGACUGAUGGGGGCACUGCAGGGUUGAUAUGGGGCUUUCUCAUUGUCACGGCAGGAUUCGUCCUCGUUUUUGCCAGUAUAGGUGAAAUGGCUUCCAUGGCUCCAACCUCCGGAGGUCAAUACCAUUGGGUUUCCGAGUUUGCUCCUCGAAGGGCCCAAAAGUUCUUGAGCUACAUUACCGGUAGGCAUCAAGACCUGGGUGUUUCGCGGGCGGAACUGACGUUGAUAGGAUGGCUCAGUGCAACCGGAUGGCAGUGCGCUAUCGUAUCUAUUGCUUUCCUCGCUGGCACGAUCAUACAAGGGCUGGUCGUUCUAAACGACCCAACCUAUGAGUUUCAGCGGUGGCACGGCACCUUGUUGGUGGUGGCAAUAACAACCUUUUCAAUAUUGUUUAACACGUUCCUAGCCAAAAACCUACCCAUGGUGGAAGGACUCAUCCUGAUCAUUCAUGUGGUAGGGCUGUUCGCCAUCAUUAUCCCCCUCUGGGUUCUUGCUCCUCGAAACAGUGCGAAAGCAGUGUUUACAGAGUUCAAUAACGCUGGAGGAUGGGAUAGUGACGGGACUGCCACUCUGGUCGGUCUCUCCACCACUAUUACAGCCAUGAUAGGCUAUGACUGUUCGGUGCACAUGUCCGAGGAGAUCAAGGAUGCUGCAGAGACGCUGCCGAAAGCAAUGAUGUCAGCUGUUGCGGUUAAUGGAGUUUUGGGAUUUGUCAUGGUUGUCACUCUUUGCUUCACCCUCGGCGAUGUUGACAGCAUCUUGAGUACUCCGACUGGUUUUCCGUUCAUCCAGAUUUUCUACAAUACCACCAACAGCUACGCGGCAACGAACACUAUGACAGCGGUCCUGGUGAUCACGCUCACGGCCAGCACAAUCACUGAAGUCGCGACGGCAUCCCGGCAACUAUGGUCUUUUGCUCGAGAUCGAGGACUGCCAUUUUCAUCCUUCUUCGCUUAUGUGAGUCUCACGCCCCCAGUCUCUGGCGGCGUUACUGAUCGCCCAAUGCAGGUCACUCCGGGAUGGAAUAUCCCUCUCAACUCGGUCAUGGUGUCUCUAGCAGUCACUAUUCUUCUCUCUCUGAUCAACAUUGGCUCCCAGGUUGCCCUGGCGGCCAUUGUAUCACUGACCAUCACCUCCUUGAUAUCUGCCUACAUUCUUUCCAUUGGCUGCGUGCUCCUGAAGCGUAUCCGAGGCGAGCCCCUGCCACCUCGCCGAUGGACCCUUGGCCGCUUCGGCAUGGCCGUAAACAUUGCUGCUUUGGCUUUCUUGAUUCCCAUCUUCGUUUUUUCCUUCUUCCCUCUGACAAAGACAGUAGACACGAAAACAAUGAAUUGGAGUGUGGUGAUGUACCUUGCUAUGCUUACUUUUGCGUCUGGAUACUAUGUGCUCUGGGGCCGGCACAACUUCAUCGCUCCCGUGGCGCUGGUGAAGAGACAGGGCGGAUACUGCGGAUGA